AACACAAAGAUGCUGAUAUAUUUAACACGGAUUUCUGCAAAAUUUAAGGAUUUUAAGAAAUGAGUCAACAAGAGCAGCAAUCCGAUGCGGCAGCUGAUCGAGACUUGGAAUACUAUUUCAGACCAGGUGGUAAACGAACAGAUGGGUUGAAGGCGGCAGACAUAGUUCCUAUCUUAAGGGAACGUGUGGCGUACCUAUCAGGUGGCCGGGAUAGACGAUGUGGGGCCAUCCUGACAUUUCCAUCUCGGACCCAUCCGGAGCGAUUGGACAAUGAUGACCUUCGGAAACUGAUGACCUAUCUGGCCAGUGUACCAAGCGACGAUGUAAGGGAGAAAGGGUUUACUGUUAUACUGGACAUGAGGGGCUCGACCUGGCAGACGGUCAAACCCAUCCUCAAAGUGUUACAGGAAUGCUUCCCUGGCAGUGUCCACAUAGCAUAUAUAAUUAAACCGGAGAAGUUCUGGGAAAAACAGAGAACUAGCCUCGGCAGUGCCAAAUACAACUUUGAGACCAGUAUGAUAUCACUGGACAAUCUGUCCAAGUUCAUCGAUCCCUCACAACUGACCAGAGAAUUUGAUGGCCAUCUUGACUACAACCAUGAGCAGUGGAUUCAACUGAGACUGAUGCUUGAGGAGUUCAUCUGGAAAGCUCUCGACCUUCUGGACAAACUAGACGACCUUGGAAACAUUCUGACAAACCCUGAUUUACCAGAGGAUCUGAACGGUGCCCAGUACCGCCUUGAGGAACACAACCAUCUCAAGCGACGUGUGACCAUGGCACCCGUGGAACAUCUCGGAAUGGAAGGGCGACGUAUCCUACAGGAAAUCCUGGGGGAUGCACAAAUGUCCGGUUCGGGGCGUAGGUUUGUGAUCUCGGGGACAGCAGAUUUUCAAAGUGCCGUUCCCCAAAUUUCCCAGCUGCUGGAUCGAAUGCAUGGGACGAAGCAGCAUCUCAACCAGCUGUGGCAGGUGAAGCGCCUCCGCCUGGAACAGUGUCUACAACAACGUAUCUUUGAGGAAGAUGUUGAAAAGAUGUUUGAGUGGAUCUCUCACAACAAAGAAUUAUUCCUCGUCAACUACACAGAGAUCGGGACAUCACAUCAGAUGGCCGUGGAACUGGAGACUGAACACAGCCAGUUCGCUAACAGUGCUGUGAAUGUUUAUGUAAACAUCACACGAAUACUAAGCAUGGCCCAGCGACUAUGUGACGCAGGGCACUACGCAUCCAACCAGAUCCGCAUGCAGGCUACGAGACUGGAGCGUGAGUGGAAGAGCCUGGCUGCAGCCUUGGAUGACUACAGCGCGGUUCUGUGUAUGUCUGUAACAUUCUACAAAAAGGCAGAACAGUACCUUGCCCAAGUGGUAGGAUGGCGUCAGGCUUGUGAAAACCCUGAAAUUCCUUCUUUAAUAGAAGAGUUGGAAACGGCUCUACAACAACAUCAAGGACUGAUAGAGGCUAUUAGUCAGGCUUACGCAGAGGUUUGUGGGGAUGGAAAACAGUUGUUGGACACACUUCAGACACCGGUGACCUCUAGUAGCAUCAACAGUCUCACCGCCAAGGCAGACUACUCCGAGGCUGCAGGGCACAUACUCGAUGUUGUUCACGAGGUGUUGGCCCAUCAACGCCACCUGGAACAGAUGUGGCACACGAAGAAAGUCAAACUUCAUCAGCGACUGGGACUCCGGCUGUUCCAACAGGACGUGAAACAGGUUAUAGAUUGGCUGGAUAACCAUGGCGACGGUUUCCUACGUAAAAACACAUCUAUAGGACGGAGUUUACAGAGAGCCAAAGCACUACAGAAAAGUCACGAACACUUCGAGUCCGUAGCUCGAAACACGAUAACCAACGCGGACAAAUUGUUGGCAGCAGCAGACGAACUUGCCCAGACAGGAGAAUGUGACCCAAAAGAGAUCUACCGUGAAGCUCAGGAGCUCGAGGAAAGGAUGGGAAACUUUCUCACGGCUCUGGAACGACGUCGUGGCACGUUAGAAAUGGCUGUCUUCUUCUAUACACAUGUCCACGAGUUAACAUCAUGGCUUGAGGAACUACAACAGGAACUACAGAGUUCAGAAAUAGCUGAUACCGUGGAGGGGGCCGAACAGCUACUCGGACAGUUUAAUCAACAAAGGGAGACAACUAUUGAGGCUGCUAUCAACACAGUUAGCGAAGGAGAAAAUUUGCUUGAAGAAAUAAGGGUAUUCAGUCCGGAGCCAGACAAAGUCAAUCAGAACGCUGAUUACAGUCACAUUGAGGGUGUGCUACACCAGCUCAAUGAGAGUCGAACACAGUUGGAAGAGCUCUGGGCUGCUCGAAAGAUGAAACUUGAUCUUUGUCUUCAACUUCGGUUGUUUGAGAGAGAUUCUUUAGAGGUGUCCUCCCAGUUGGAGUUAUGGGCGGAGGAGCUACAGCAUCAGGAGUUGGUGUCUGAUGGGAGUAAGGCUGAACAACUUCUCCAACUCCAUAAUGAGAGUGUACUACACAUGCAAAACUGUACCUACGAGGUUCUGCAGAGAGGACAGGAGCUGUGUCAGAUGUUUGAAACCUCGGGAGUACAACUAAUGGCAGACACUCAGUACGAUGCUUCAUCACGAAUACAAGCACUACUGGAGUAUCUUCAUGAACGCGAGAUGGACCUGGAGACGAUCGCUGAAACCAAGCGACAGCGAUUGGAACAGUGCGUCCAGCUCCGUAACUUUGAAAUCGAGGCUCGUCAGGUGAUAUACUGGAUUGAGAACGGCAAGUCGAUGCUGAUCAGCUGUUUCAUGUGUCCGAACUCCCUAAUCGAGGCUGAGCAACUCCGCAAGGAACACGACCAGUUUAUGUUAGCUAUCGAGAAAACCAACAUUAGCAUGGCUCAGGUAACUGCUCGAGCGGAAAGUAUGAUUCAGGCGAGUCACUAUAACUCGGACCUGGUACGGGCGAUCGCCGAGAAUGUGACGUUCACAUGGCAACAGCUGAUGUACCAUACUGAGGAACGGUACAAACUCGUCAUGGCGUCGAUGAACUGGUACAAGACUGCUGAACAGGUAUGGUCUGUGCUCGAAUCACUGGACCGUGACUACAAACGUGAUGAAGAUUGGUGUAACACCGAACGUGCCAACUCCGGAGACAAGGCGAAUUAUCUGGUCCAGCUCAUAAACAAACACAACGAGCAGAAGGAGGCUUUUCUCAAGGCGUGUACAUUGGCCAGAAGGACAGCAGAAAGCUUCCUUAAAUACGUCAACAGGAACCUUCACACUUUUGGGACCCAGCUCAAGUUCCGCAGCCCUGAAAAACAUGUCAAAGCAACCUUGGACCAGCUGUUACAACAGGAGAACGUAGUUAUAGAAUACUGGACGGUGAAGAAACGGAAACUGGAGCAAUGUCAUCAGUAUGUCCUGUUCGAACAGAGCGCCAGGCAGGCCCUGGAUUGGAUCAGAGACUUUGGAGAGGCCUUCCUGUCAACACAUACACAGGUUGGGGCCAACCAAGGGGAGACUGAGGCACUGCUGAAGGAAUACUACGAGUUUAGAAAUAGAGCUAAGGAAACCAAAGAGAGUGUCAAACUGCUGCUGUCCCUUGCCAAUGGGUUCGUUGCUAAGGGCAACAUACAUGCAAACAGUAUUAUGCAGUGGUGCGCCGCUGUGGACAAACGCUACGAAGACUUCGCUACACGCAUGACCAAAUACAAACAGAAACUGGAGACAACUCUGGGAGUCCAGGAAGAGAAAGAAGAACAGAAGGAGAAAGAUGAACAGAGACAUAGUGAUUCGUCCAUAGAGGAAAAGGUGCUCCACCAGACUCCUAAGGAGCUUACUGAGGAGAAACGACGCUCGGCGCGGAGACGAGAGUUUAUAAUGGCAGAACUACUACAGACUGAGAGGACUUAUGUUAAGGAUCUUGAGAUUUGUAUAAAGUGCUACCAGAAUGAAAUGAUGAUCAACACAAAUAAUGUACCGCUAGGAAUUGUGGGAAAGUACAAAGUCAUCUUCUGUAACAUUGAGGAGAUACACGACUUCCACAAUAGGAUCUUUCUGAAGGAACUGGAGAAAUAUGAGACAAUACCUGAAGAUGUUGGUCAUUGUUUUGUUACUUGGGCGGCUAAAUUUUCAAUAUAUGUGACAUAUUGUAAGAAUAAGCCGGAUUCCAACCAGCUCUUGGUCGAACACGCUGGCACAUUUUUUGAGGAAUGUCAGCAGAAACACAAAUUAAAUGAACCAUUGGCAUCUUACCUCAUCAAACCAGUCCAGAGGAUCACGAAAUACCAACUUCUGCUUAAGGACCUUUUGUCAUGCUGUGAGGCCCACACAGGGGAAAUCAAGGAUGGUCUGGAGGUAAUGGCGUGUGUACCUAAGAAGGCUAACGACGCCAUGCACCUGUCCUUGUUGGAGGGGAUGGAGGAUAGUUUAGAGGCCCUGGGGGAAGUGGUCCUCCAGGAUAACUUCAUGGUGUGGGAACCAAAACAACUCAUCAAAAAGGGCCGGGACCGACAUAUCUUCCUGUUCGACGCGUGCCUCAUUUUCGCCAAAGAGGUCAAGGACAGCAACGGGAAGGCCAAAUACAUGUACAAGUUUAAACUGAUGAUUUCGGAUAUAAAUAUUACGGAGCACAUAGAAGGGGACGAGACAAAGUUCGCUCUGUGGACGGGUCGGGCUCCGAUCUCGGAUUACCGGAUCAUACUAAAGUGCUCCAAUCUGGAUGUGAAACAGACGUGGGUAAAGAAACUGCGUGAACUCAUGCAGGACCGUAUGUUGUACAAGUUUAAACCGGCACCCAAGGUGUUCCAUCCCACCAAGGAGCCUGUCCUUGGAGUCUACAAGAGAGAGUAUGACAGUGAUAUUGGUUCUCUGGAGGACCUUCCAAUGGAGCGACGAGAAUCGCUGACUUCUAUGAAUUCCACCGCUACCACAGGAACCACCGACAGCAGCAGCAGCGGGGGCGUCAUCAAGGGCGACAUCAGUAUUGUAAUCGAGGAUUAUGCUGCAGCGAACAACUCGGAACUGACGAUCCAACGAGGACAGCAAGUGGAGAUCCUGGACCCUACUCCAGGGGAACCCAACUGGUGCCUGGUUAAGUCCCUAACUCCCCCCGGGGACGGGGAACCCUGUCAGGGGCUGGUACCCUUGUCCACUCUCAAACCCCUACCAGUGGUACGGGGGCCGGGAUCAAGGAGCAGUAUGGAUCUCGAAGAGACACUAGGAAUGUCUGGAGAUGCUAGUCCCAACUCCUCAAUGGUUGCUCUUAAUGCAGCUUCACCAAUGAGCAAACGAAAACCUAGUUUCAGAAAAUGGCUGACAACACCAGUGCGUAAACUGAGUCAGCCCAAGAUGGAAAAACAGACAACCACCAUAUUGGAAUCGCACACCACAGUGCCACCUGAUGGCAGAAUGAUGCGACUCAAGGACCAAAAUGAGCAGCCUAACGACCAAAUGCAAUCCACAGUUUCCAUGGUGACGACAUCCAAGCCUCACCUAGAGGAACCUGUUGAUGAGGACAUUGAAGAAGAAAUAGAGUUACCUCCCCCUAUGGAACUGCAGCGCCCCCUGUUUGGACAGGAAGGCUCCCCAGAAGACAUAACUGCUAAUUUUGCAUCGGUUUCAUUAAACCCGACCAAUCCGCCCGCUUUAGAAGUGAUGACAGAGAUGGAACAGAAAGUUCGAGAACGUAUCGAUCCAAAUGGAGAUUGUAAUUUGGAACAGCCAGGAUCUUCAGGGUCGGACACUGGAAAUGACCAGCCCCUCGAACCUAGCGAAGAACAGCAGCAAAAAGGACUACAGAAGCGAAAAUUUGUGAUACAGGAAUUGAUCGAUACAGAGAGAGACUAUGUGAAAGACCUUGGAUCUAUAGUAGAGGGCUACCAAGCAUAUCUGAGUGAGAACCCUAUUCCAGAGAGUAUGAAGGGUAUCAGUGAUGUCGUGUUUGGCAACAUCGGCCAGAUUUAUGACUUCCACAGACUAACCUUUCAACCUGCCCUAGAAAAAUGUUCAGAUGAACCAGAACGGCUAGGCUCAAUAUUUACAACACAGGAGCGUAAAUUACGGAUGUAUGUGAAAUACUGCGAGAAUAAACCAAAGUCAGACUACAUUGUAGCAGAGCAUUUGGAUGACUAUUUUGAAGAAAUCCGCCAGAAAUUAGGUCACCGUCUCCAGCUACCUGACCUACUUAUCAAACCUGUACAGAGAAUUAUGAAAUAUCAACUCUUGCUCAAGGACAUACAAAAACACACAGAAAGAAUAGGUCUGGAUACCAAAUCUUUACAAGACGCUAUGGUCGUUAUGUGUAAUGUACCCAAAGAGGCCAACGACAUGAUGCAAGUGGGACGCCUACAGGGUUUUAAUGGUAAAAUAACUGCUCAAGGAAAACUACUUCUACAGGACACACUGCUGGUAGCUGAAGUCCAAGGAAGUGGUCAGCCAAAGUUUAAAGAAAGACGACUGUUCUUGUUUGAACAGAGCGUGAUAUUCAGCGAAAUGACGGAGAGAAGACGUGGAACAUUGUCCAAUCCUAACUAUGUGUACAAAAACUAUCUCAAUGUAAAUAAGAUGGCCCUUAAGGAGGACGUAGAACCGGGAGAGCCACUACGAUUUAUGUUAAUUAAUCGAGCACCAGGAUCCACCACACAGUUUAUACUACAGGCCCCGACCUUGGAAAUCAAACAAACAUGGAUACGAAACAUCUCCGCUAGUCUUCAGCUCCAGAAAAUAUUUGGAGAUCGCCUGGCUAACCCAACAGCAUACCAGGAAGAUAUCACAAAGGAGUUAUUUGCACCGGAUUUAAGUAAUCCUCAACGAGAGCCCCAUCUCAGGAAGAUGCAAUCGCAACCUCAACCAACAUCAAAGGGAGAAAACAACUCCCGCUCUCAGACGCCACCUAGUGGCCUAAUGAAAAACCAGAUGUCGGAUCCUCAGAAGUAUUCACGCUGUCGCUCAGUCCCAGGGCCAGCGGAGGAAUCGCCAUUGUCCCAAUCUAACUGUGAUCAGGACAGUAACCCACAGGGGCCCCCCAUGGGGGAAGUCACACCAAAACCUAAACAAUUUAUUACAAAGAAAUCAAAGAGUGACACCCCUAUGGGUACCAGGACAGAGGCCGUUGGUAGUAGCCCAGAUGUUGUUUACAAUAGGACUAAUUCACGGGAGUUACCCCCCCAUGGGGGCCCUAGUGAUGGAGUAACAUCGUCAGGGGAUGGUGAUACG